ACUCCAGAAGAUGGCAGUAGUGCAACAUAAAGGAUUUAAUCUGCCGUUAAACCCCAAAGAAAGAUAAUAAAAGAAGAACGAGUGUAAUUUACAAAACGCGUUUUGCCAUUUUAUCCAUAGCUACGGAAGGCGUGAAGGGACAAAUGCAUGCUAGCUGAGUACGUAGGCUUGGCUAACCAUAGUUGACUAAUCAUGGCAGCACACCUGAAAAAGCGAGUUUAUGAGGAAUUUUCCAAAGUCGUACAGAUUCCCCAGGAGGAAGCUCCGGCCAAGAAGCUGCGACUCUCCAAACCCAGUAAGUCUGCGGCGCUGCACAUCGACCUCUGUAAGGCCACCAACUCCACGGAUGCCCUGCAGUACCUGCUGCAGUUCGCACGCAAGCCCGUGGAGGUGGAGAGCGUGGAGGGGGUGGUCCGGAUCCUGUUGGAGCACUACUACAAGGAGACGGAUAACUCUGUGAGGCUGAAGAUUGCCUCCCUGCUGGGUCUGCUGUCCAAAACGCAGGGCUUCAGCCCCGACUGCAUCGUGGACGACGCCAUCAACAUACUCAACAACGAGAAGUCCCAUCAGGUCCUCGCCCAGCUGCUGGACACUCUGCUGGUCAUUGGUAUACAACUACCUGAGAGUCCUACAGUCAGACAGAGGCUCAUAGAGAUGGCCUGCAAGCACCUGUCUGAUACGUAUUUCGGGGUGAGAAACAAGUGUCUGAAGCUGCUCGGGUGUCUCGGCAUGGCCGACACUCCUCUGACAAAAGACAACGACGUACUGGGCGCGUCAUUAGAAGGAGUGAGGGACAUCCAGAGUAUCAUCAGUGACUUCUUUGGAGACCAGGACCCCAGAGUCCGCACCGCAGCCAUCAAAGCCAUGCUGCAGCUUCACGAGAGAAGAAUAAAGAUUCAUGAGAUCAUUUAUGACCAGGCCUGCAGGUUGCUUUCAGAUGAUUAUGAGCAGGUCCGCUCUGCAGCGGUGCAGAUGGUGUGGGUGCUCAGUCAGCUGUACCCAGAGAGCAUUGUGCCCAUCCCAUCGUCCAAUGAAGAGAUCCGACUCGUUGAUGAUGCAUUCGGGAAGAUCAGUCACAUGGUCAGCGAUGGCUCCUGGAUGGUCCGGGUACAGGCGGCUAAAACCCUGGGGUCGAUGCUGCAGGUGAGUCCUCACUUUCUGGAGCAAACUUUGGACAAGAAGCUGAUGUCCGAUCUCAGGAGGAAGCGCACGGCCCAUGAACGGGCCAAGGAGCUCUUUACUUCUGGAGAGUUCUCCUCUGGCAGGAAGUGGGCCGACGACGCCCCCAAAGAGAAACUGGACACGAACACCGUGAACCUGAUCGCCUCGGGGGCCUGCGGUGCCUUCGUCCACGGCCUGGAGGACGAGAUGUUUGAGGUCCGUAUUGCGGCGGUGGAGGCGUUGUGCCAGCUGGCUCGGUCGUCUGCAAGCUUCGCCGAAAAGUGUCUGGACUUCCUGGUCGACAUGUUCAACGACGAGAUCGAGGAAGUGAGGCUGCAGUCCAUCCACGUGCUGAGAGAAAUCUCUACCCACAUAACGCUCAGAGAGGACCAGCUGGACACGGUGCUGGCUGUGUUGGAGGACUCGUCUCGUGACAUCAGAGAAGCUCUCCAUGAAUUAAUCUGUUACACCAACGUCUCCACUAAAGAGUGUAUCCAGCUGGCUCUGCUGGAGCUGCUGAAGAACCUCAACAAAUAUCCCACCGACCGCAACUCCGUCUGGAAGUGUCUAAAGUUCCUGGGUUCCCGUCAUCCAACACUGGUGUUACCGCUGGUCCCUGAACUGCUCAGCACACACCCGUACUUCGACACACCAGAGCCCGACAUGGACGAUCCGGCCUACAUUGCGGUUCUGGUGUUGGUGUUCAACGCUGCCAAGUCGUGUCCCACCAUGCCGGCGCUGUUCUCCGACCACACCUUCAGACACUACGCCUACCUGAGGGACAGUCUGUCACACCUGGUGCCGCCACUGAGAUUGCCAGGCAACGGUCUGGACUUGGUGGACUCCCGUUGCGGUUCCGGUUCUGUAGAUUCGGCUCAGCUCUUCCUUCAGCAGAGUCUGAACAGGGUCAGCACCAUUCAGAACCUGGAAGCACCCGGAGCCCAGGACCUGCUAAACUUCACCAUACGAGACCUGCGGCGGCUGGGGGAGCUGCAAACGGAGCUCGCAGGAGCUGCUGAUUUCUGUGCUACAUAUCUGUGUUGCCAGCUGCUGCUCAUGAAGGCUCUGCAGGAGAAGCUGUGGAACAUUGCUGUCCCUCUGUGCCUCAAACAAAACGUCACGGCCACAGCAGCGGCUCAACAGGUCAGCACACACACACUCACUCACUCACACACACCUUGGUAUCAAGACCGAACCUGCUAAACUGUGUACUUAAUGUGGACAAUAACUGAAUGCUGAUGUUAAAGGUCAUUUCUCUUCAGGUUGGAUCCUCUCAUCAGCAGCUGCGAGAAGUUUUUGCAGGACAUUGAGUCUUUUCAGAGGCUGUUUGCGGCAGAGCUGCCCCACCUGCAGGACAGUUUUGUGGACAAGCUUUUGGAGCUGAUGCCCCGGCUGUCGUCCUGUAAACCGGUGGAGAUGGUGAAGAUCCUGCUGGCCACCCUGAGACUGAGCGGCCUGCUGCAGAUCAGACUGCCUGAGCAGAUCCAUCGGGCGACAGCCACCAUCAUCGAGCCGACCGGGGAGUCCGACAACCCGCUGCGGUUCACGACCGGCCUGGUGGUGGCGCUAGACAUCGACGCAACGCUGGAGCACGUUCAGGACCCCCAGAACGCUGUCAAAGUACAGGUUCUGUAUCCAGACGGCCAGAGCCACGUCAUCCAUCCUAAACCUUCAGACUUCAGAAAGCCUGGACCUGACAGACACAGACUCAUCACACAGGUGUACCUCUCACACACGGCAUGGACAGAGCCGUCUCAAAUCGAGGUGCGCCUCCUGCUGGCCUACAGCUCCUCCUCCACCUCCCUCUCCUCUUCUUCGGCAUCUAAGCUGGGAUGGAGCGACAGCAUCGACGGCCUCCCGCCACCAGAGGCCGCCGUAGAGGGAACCAUUCCGUUCAGCAAGCCCGUCAAAGUCUACAUCAUGCCCAAACCUGCCCGCCGCUAACGACUCAUCACAAAGGACCCCCAAACAAGACCUUCAAUCUUCACCGCUUUCAGAUGAGAGACCCUCUAAAUACAAAGCUGUGCAGAAAAGACAACACUGUUUUCUUUUUCUCUUUCAAAAACACAUUCAGUUUUAGAAUUGGACAAAAAUAAUAAUUCAUGGUGAAGUGGGAGGAUGCACAAGAGUGUUUUUCCUCAUGCUGUGUCAGUUGUCUGGGGAAUAUUUUUGUACUUUACAAUUGUUUCUGAAAGAUAAAACCAUGUGAAGGAGA